AUGCUGAGUAUUACGAGAAGACUGAUGGGCACCGACGUGCGCUCGCGGCUCCUGCUGAGCAGUCUCAACGGAGACAUGCCGGGUGCGCUGCUGCUGCUGCGCCAGCAGCAGCAGGCCAGCAUGGACGUGGAGCUGCUACACACGGUGCUGGCGCGGGCGACGGCGCUAGCACACGUCGAAACCAUAGCGUACGUGUGGUACCACCACGUGCAGCCGCGGCGGCUGGCGGUGGAGGGCCGCCUGCUGUGCGACAUGGCGGGCGUGGCACUGCACCAGGACAAGCUGUUCCUGCCGGCGCAGUUCCUGCAGCACCACCAGACGAUGGGGCUAGGCCGUGGCACCAGCGCCAGCGCCAGUGCUGAGGCCCAGGCGGUGGAGUUCGAGCUCCGCAGGGUCAAAGUGGAGGCCUUUGCGCGCGGAACUAUGCACUCCACGGCGCUUAGCGAGAAGUGGAAGGUGUUCUUGCAGGAGAUGGACACGCUGCCGGGGCAGCCGCCACUGCGGCUGCGGGACUUCCCGCAGUUGGCCAGGGCGGUGGGCGUAGCCGCCCAGCUACAGCAGCCGCAGGAGCAGGCAGCCGCGCUGGCGCUGUUUGGGCGGCAACCGCUGGUCGUGAAGAACGAAUGGUCGCUGCCGCUACUGUUGAGCGCGGUCCUGUGGCAUGUGCCCGGCCCAGCGCAGGCGCGACGCGUUCUAGCGGAGUUUCGGCAGUGUUAUCGCGGGCUGCCGCUGACGGAUGCCGAGGUGGUGAUAAAGAGAAGAGGAUUCGAGAUUGAUACUUGA